GAGAGAGAAGAACAGCAGUGUUCUCUCAGUAAAGAUGUGGCUCUGUGUGUUUCUGCUCUACUCUGUGCUGCAGGAAUCUUCAGGCUGCACCCUGCUGUCUGACAGUGAAAGAACUUUCAUCAAGUCUCCAGGAGAGUCUGUUCUGCUGCCCUGUUCCUGUCCCCCAGACCAACACAGGAUCAACCCUGACAGAGUCACAUGGACUAAAGAUCAGACCGCAGUGUCUAAUGAUACAGAAUCCUACAGAGGCAGAGUCUGGAUGUUCAACCAGAACCAUUCCAGAAAUUUUUCUCUCCUCAUCUCAGAUCUGACUGAAGUGGACUCUGGACUCUACACCUGCGCAGCUGAUGAGAAGGACGUGCCAAAUAUCAUGCUACAGGUCAAAGGGAUCCCUGAAAAAACCUCUGCUGGGACAACAGCUCCUCCACCUUCUUCUACUCCUGGUCUGAUUAUCAAGACUCUUGAAGCUUGCAAGGCUACUGCCACCCUAGACUGUACAAACAACCUAUUGAGUCAGAUUGACAGCAUCACAGAUCAAGAGUUACCAAAGAAAGAUGUAGAGGACACCCUGAAGUUCCUUAUCACUCAACAGAACAGUCACAUUACUGGAAAAACUAACCAAGAUGGACUAGUUUCCUCUUUCAAUAGAAUGCUGAAUGCCACUGAGAAACUGGUGUCUACUUUGGUGAACAAAGUAAAGACCAACUCUUCUGUUAGCAUCUCCCUUGAAAAUAUAGAGGUCCGGGUUUUUGUAGUUGGACAAAAUUAUUCCUUGAAGGAAAUGCUUCAGCUUCACACACCAUAUGCUGACAUCGAGAUUGAUCUGAAUGGGAUUGCUGCAAAUAACAUGAAUCAAGGGCACGCUGCUGUAGCCUUCAUGAGUUACACCAACAUGUCUAAUUCCAGCUUGUUCAGUGCCACUACAAUGACCAACACAACAAAACUCAUGUCCGCUGUGGUUUCAGCGACGCUCCCAAAAACCCAAAACAGAAGCCUUGGCAAACCAGUGAAUUUCACCCUGAUGCAUCUUGCAGAGUUGAGACCCAAUUAUGUCCAUUCCUGUGUGUACUGGAAUGAAACUGAUUGGGUCACAGAUGGCUGUACACGUAUAAAGACCAAUCACAGCUAUACUGUGUGCUCCAGUAGUCACCUAUCAACUUUCGCUCUUAUUAUGCAGAUCAACCCACGUCAGAGUGAAGAUCGCUUUAAAGUGAUCAACAUGGUGGUCGUGUCAUUUGGGCUGGUGUUCCUGGGCUUGGCUCUGCUGACUUUUGCCUUCUGUUGGAAGAACCCCAGAGUGAUCAACACGGCUCGAAUCAACCUGUGUAUAAGCCUGUUAUUGGGCCACCUCCUCUUCCUGCUCACACACACAUUGGUAAAGAAAAAAUACCAGUUGGCGUGUGCAGUGCUGGCAGGCAUUAUGCACUUCCUCUUCCUCUCUGCUUUUGUGUGGAUGUUCAUUGAGGCACUGAUGCUCUUCCUUGCUAUAAAGAACUUAUCACGUCCUAAAUCAAAGCACAAGGAGGUGCUUAACUGGAAGCUUUUAACUUUGGUGGGGUAUAUGGUGGCUUUGAUUGUGGUGGGUGUGUCUGCUGGAGUGGAACCUAAUGGAUACAGCAGUGAAGAGUGCUGGCUUGUGACAAGCAAAGGUUUCAACUGGAGUUUUUUGGGUCCUGUUUUUUUCAUCCUUGCAUCCAACAUGAUCCUUUUCAGUUUCAUUAGUAUCAGUCUGCGAUCUUCUCUGGCUCGCCUGAACAAUCAAGUUUCACAGAUAAAUAAAAACAGGACUAUUUUCUUUAAAACCAUGGCCCAGUUUGUCAUCUUCGGUUGCCCCUGGAUACUUGGUGUCUUCACCGCCAACACUGAGGCGCUAGAGAUUAUCUUCUUGAUCCUCAACUCUCAGCAGGGCACCUUCAUCUUUAUCGUCCACUGUGUCCUCAGUAAAGAGGUAAGACAACAAUACAGGAAGUUACUGUGUCGUAGCUGUGUGACUACUUACUACGUAACCUCUGUCACUGAAGUCCAAACCACACAAGGAUGAAAUACAAAUCUACAUACUUUUUGAAAUCUAGCUAUGAUAAUAACAUUUCGGUGUUCAGUAGGUUAAAGACUGAAGUAAUCCAACAUGGUUUCUCAAAAAACUUAACUUCUUAUGCAAAUGUUAUCAUAUGCAAGAGUUCUUUCUUUUCCAGAGUCACUGAGGACUUGUUUAUGUGGUGUUGCAAGAAAAAAUACAGCAUAUUCAUUUAUUAUUCUGCUGGUUAAUUUAGUUUUUAUGAAUAAAGUGUAAUUUUUUUAAUAAAACUGUAAUUUUUUAGGCUGAAAAUCCCAGUCUAUGCAUAUUAUUCUGUUAGUAAAUAAUGAAUGAUAUGAAUGAUAAUGGAAUGAUAUUUUUUUCCUUGUGUGGCAAUGAUAUAACAUUUAUUUGCUGCGUGCAUAGCUCACUUUCCAGCUUUAAUACACAUCAUACUGCCAGUGGCGGUUCUAGACAGUUUCAACUUGGGGGUCAGUCUAGGGCCAGUGGUUAUGUUAGAGGGGCCAAAUGCUUUAUAGCUUAUGGUGCUUUGCAGGCAUUAAAAAACAAAUGUAUACAUUCAAUAUCAUUCAACAUUUUAUUAAUGCAGUUUUCAGUUACAAUUUCACAAUCUACAAUUUUGCAUCAUCUGAAUUCUAUAUUUAUGUUUCAUACAAACACAUUAACAAAUGAUCACCUUUCAAUGUCUUUUCUAUGAUUUAAAAUGUUAUUAAUUUUGUACAGUUUCUUAUUAAAUUUCUUUUACAUCA